AUGAUAUCGUCAAGAGCCCGUCAGAUCAAAGAGAGUAUCGGGGACUUGAACUCACAAAUGGCCUCCGGGUACUACUGGUAUCGGAUCCCACUACAGAUAAAUCUGCCGCUGCAAUGGAUGUUAAUGAAGUCUCAUGGAUCCGUGGGAGCUUGCCAAGGGCUGGCGCACUUCUGCGAGCACAUGCUCUUUCUUGGUACUGAUAAAUAUCCAGAGGAGAACGAAUUCUUCAGUGUAAGUCAUGUAAAUAAGAGUGGACCAGGUAGAAAUUAUAGGCACUCAUUUCCCCAAAAUUUCAAUCUC